CCCACCUUGAGUAGGCAGGUUCAGUCAUCAGCGUCUGCGUUCGAUGUUCCUAUCGUGCGUCGGAGUUGCCAGUUGCUACUCGACAUUCGCCAGUCGUGUGAGCGCUAUGAUAGCGUGCACAAUGAGGCACCGUAAAAUGGCUGGAUCGAAAACAGUGUGGCAGUGCGCUUGUUUGUUUUUGUUUACUGUUAUAACUGAAGCUGCGCUCUCUGGACUCUACAUCGAUAAUGGAAUAGAUCAAACGAUCAUACAUCAUUCUAUGACACGUCACGAAAGACAAGUUGUUGAACAUGAAAUUCUAGAGCUUUUGGGACUCGGCGAAAGACCGCGGCGUUCUCAAUCACCGCCUCUGGAUCGGUCAGCGCCAAGUUUUUUGCUAGAUGUGUAUAAACAGCUAGCUGAAGAACAUGAACAAGCCCGUCCUACACGGAGUUCUGAGAUGGCUCUUAGCGGCGAGGAACAGCAAGCUAUAGACGAAAGCGAUCUUAUUAUGACCUUUCAAAGCAAAAAGCAUCAUUUAGGAGUUUUGCGCCACGGUCACGGAAGGCACAUAUGGUUCGAAGUCACAGGAGCACCAGGUGAUGCGUCGUCCCUUCUAACCGCUGAACUAAGACUACAUCAGGCUGCAUCCCACACAGUAGACCCAACAGCACUGUAUACUGUUGUAGCCCAUCGAGUCAUCAGCGUCGAUAACUUGGGAAGCAUGCAAAUGGAGCAAGUAGCCGCCGUUAACACUAGCGCUGGUGCAGAGGGCUGGUUAGAACUCAACGUGACGGGAGCUUUGGCGACCUGGCUCGGAGCACCAGCGGACAACCGGGGGUUUUUCAUCACUUUACAUCCUCAUACACAACCUGAACGACAUGUGAAACCUGAAGAGAUAGGUUUAGAAGAAAAUCACGCAUCGAACUCGGAAGGAAAGCAACCAUUUUUGGUAGCGUUUUUCAAAAACGGUCCCAAACUUGGCAGCGCGGAUGCCGGAGCGAGGCGAAAGCGAGAAGCGAGGCGGUGGCGAACACAUGGCUACUCCGAAAAUUAUUUGAAGAACCCUUUAACAGAUACAUCACAUUGGACGACACGAAGCUGUGAAAUACAAACUUUGUAUGUUAGUUUCAAAGAUUUGGAAUGGCAGGAUUGGAUCAUAGCACCUGAGGGAUAUGGUGCGUUUUACUGUAGCGGGGAAUGUAAUUUUCCCUUAAAUGCACAUAAAAACGCGACGAAUCAUGCCAUCGUGCAGACAUUGGUGCACUUACUUAAUCCAACUCAGGUACCGAAACCAUCCUGUGCUCCGAUCAAAUUGUCUCCAAUAUCCGUAUUGUAUUACACAGACGAUUCUAAUGUAAUAUUGCGUAAAUACAAAAACAUGGUUGUCAAAAGCUGCGGUUGCCAUUAAUAUAAGUUACACUUAUAUGAAACACUAGUCUGUAAUCCAUCCAGUAAUAUUACUUUUGUAACAUUUUGUGGUAAACUGUUACAGGGUAUUUAUCCGAAUGACAAAUAAUUUAUUGCAUUCAAUCAAACUCUUCUUAUGCUUAAGAUAAUAUGGAAUGUUAAGGAAUGAAAUUGAAUCUCAAUAAGUCUAUGAUAAAUGUUGUUUUAAAUAUGACAAAUGAAAAUAAAUUAAUGUUGGUGUAAAAUGUGUCAACCUUUUUUCAAAUUAAUUGCAAAAACAAUUGGCGCCUUAAUUUGUUGUUCUGUAUACGCUGAAUAUAAAUACAAGUGUUAUUAUCAUUAUUAUUUUAAUGUAAUUAUAGGAUAGUUAAGCGUCGAAUUUAAUUAAUAAUUUAUGUGCCAAUUAAUUGAGUCAAACAAUUUUAGCUUUAAUUUUUAUGAGUAUAAUUUAGAAGAGAUUAAUUUUUGUGAAAUAUACAUCAUUUUUUAA